UGUGUGUGUGUGUAUGCGUUUGUGUGCGUGCCGUGAGUUGGUUCAGUUCACUGAACCGUCGUGAAGAGACGUUUCCGCCCACAAGAAAGAUGGCGGCUCCCUUGCUGGAGAAACUGUCGGAGUCUUUAGGUUCCCCGGAGCCAGCGGUUCGACUCAUUUUAUCAAUUUUAAUCGGGUAUCCCUGUGCUCUGGUGUACCGGAAGUUCUUGUUCUACCAGCCUGCCACUGUUGUCCACUUGUUCCACACAUUCUCUGGACUGGCUCUAGCAGCAUUCAACUUUGGCCCUCAGCUUUAUCACUCCGCAGUAUGCAUCCUUGUCCAAUUCCUGAUGCUGAGGCUCAUGGGAAGGACAGUAACAGCUGUCCUGAGCAGCUUUACCUUUCAAAUGGUAUACCUGCUGGCAGGGUAUUACUACACAGCAACAGAGGAGUAUGACAUCAAGUGGACCAUGCCUCAUUGUGUCCUCAUGCUUAAACUUGUUGGUUUGUCAUUUGAUUACUAUGACGGCGGGAAGGAACCAUCCCAGCUGAAUUCAGAGCAGAAGCAAGCAGCCCUGCAGUCUGUGCCUUCUCUGCUCGAGGUCUGUGGCUUUUCCUACUUCUAUGGAGGCUUUCUGGUGGGGCCCCAGUUUACAAUGCGCAGCUACCAGAGGCUGGUGGCAGGGGAGCUCACCGACUGCCCUGGAAAGCCUCCAAACAGUUUUAUACCAGCUAUGAAGAGGUUUACUCUGGGUUUUGCCUUCCUGGUGAUAUUUGCAGUAUUUGGUCCCUAUUACCCAGACAGCUACUACUUAACAGAUGAGUAUGAGGCUCAGCCUUUCUGGUAUCGCUGUGUGUUUAUUCUGCUUUGGGCUAAAGUCAUUUUGUAUAAAUAUGUCAGCUGUUGGCUCAUAGCGGAGGGUGUGUGUAUACUGUCUGGACUAGGCUACAGUGGUGUUGUGGAUGGCAAGCACCAGUGGGACGCCUGUGCCAACAUGAAGGUGUGGCUCUUUGAAACCACGCCGCUUUUUGGAGGAACCAUUGCUUCCUUCAACAUCAACACUAACGCCUGGGCUGCCAGACACGUCUUCAAGCGGUUGAAGUUCCUUGGCAAUAAGACCAUGUCUCACGUGGCCACACUGUUCUUUCUGACAGUUUGGCAUGGCCUUCACUCCGGAUACAUCUUGUGCUUCUCCAUGGAGUUUUUCAUCAUAACUGUAGAGAGACAGGCCCUGGCACUGGUGAGGGACAGUCCCUUGUUGACGAAACUGGCCAACAGCGCAUUCUACCCUCUCAUCUAUGUAGUCCAGCAGUUUAUACACUGGCUCUUCAUGGGCUACCCCCUAGUGCCAUUCUGCCUCUUCACCUAUGACAAAUGGCUCAAGGUGUAUUCGUCUGUCUAUUUCUGUGGUCACAUUUUCUUCCUCGUAGCCUUUUUAAUCAUGCCAUACCUUCGUAUGGUGCUGGUGCCUAAGAAAGAACGGAGCCAGAAAAAGAAGGAAUAAAACCUGGUACUAAGACUUGGCAUGGUGCAUUUAAGGCUGAAAAUCCACUGAAGGGAACUGUGACUUUCAAGGAGCAGAAUGGAAAAUAUUUUAAGGCCUUUACUUAUAUAUAUAUAUAUAUAUAUAGAUAUAUAUAUAUGUCCAUGUAAAAAUAAAUUUCUAUAUAUUUUUGUGUUUUAAAUGGGGAGGGUGUUUUUAUGAACAUUCUAAGAAAUGUUUACAGGAAAUACCAUUGUGCCACGUGGGGUAAUUGUGAGCCAAUCAGGGGCGAUUUCCUGUUUGUUUGUUUUGCCUUUUUUUUUUUUUUAAGACAUGGGGGACUUGUAGAACUUGAGAGACUUACAUGCUGUCGACACAGAAUUGCACUCACCAGUCACAGGUUCAAAGUCUGUCAUUGACUCCGAUGUGUUUUAUGUUUCAUUUCUCUGUCUCACGUCUGGCACCUGCAUUUAGCAGCAGCUGUAAGCCUCUACAGAAAGUUUAAGCACAGCACUGGCCUAUGUGGCGCUUUCUAAUUUAAUGAUGCAACAUGCAUACGGCUUUUUGCAAAAGACAGAUGCUAAUAGUGGUAUAAUAAUAAUAAUAAUAAUAAUCAAGGGGGUUGUUUCUUGAAAGUGGCUGCCAAGUGGUUAUACAAGCACUGUAAAUCACACAAUAUACGCUAACACUCAACUCAAAAUGGCCUUGUAUUAAUGAAUGUUUUUACAGUACAUUUUGUCCUGCUUUUAAUUUGAUUUGUGAUAACAAACAAACAAACGAGUUUUAACAGCUUUUAUGAAAAAGAACAUUUUUGUAGCUUUGGAUAAGAUUUCAUGGAUGGAUUUUCAUUGUUCUCCUGCCUUUCCUCAUUUGAUGUUUGAGCUGUUUUUCUUGCCACACGUCCUACUCUCCCCAUGUUCAGUCUACUCCACUCCUCUGUCUGCCUGCUUCGAGGGCCCUCAGGUCUGAAAUGCACAGAUGUGAAAGUGAACAGUUUCAUAAGGAGACUUAACGCACUGCCCAACCAUACAAUAAUUCACUAUGGCGUCUAUGAACAGGAGCCAUAGGCUGUGUUUUGAGUGAGUUGAGGAAUUGUCUCAUUUUGAACUGGAAGCAAAACAAACAAACGAAAAAAAUUCACAUUUGUGUCUGAUUUCCACAGUUUCACCUAUGAACUGUGCAUCUGUUUCUAACAGCAGGCGAUAAUU